AUGUAGCAGGAUGCGGAUUGAAUGCCUUGCCUGCUCGAUGACGAUUUCCAGUGAGGUCAGGAGAUCGGCUAGGGGCCGGGAGUGUUUGUGUGAGGCUAAAAGGAUGGCUGAGCCUGGGCGUGCAUGGAUCGGUAUGUCUGAUGCUUCCGAACCCCGUCCGACACCGUGAUCGUACUUCUCUGUCUCCGUAUGUAGCACACCUUCCAAAGUCUCGCCGGUUUCUUUCAGACCUGCAAUCGAUCCUUGAAGAUUCAACGGGUCAGAGCGCAGCUGACGAAGGAAACCCCACCCAGCCUACUGCUUCCGUGCCGAUGGCAACUCCAGUUCAUGCGCCUCAUAUGCCGGAGAGCCAAACGCCCACCAGUACUGGCUUGCCCGAUGGUUCGCUAUCUACUACAGCCUUUCCAACGAAUUAUAUUGGUGCCGCGUCAGCUGUUAAUGGACCCCCCUACGCGUUUCCCAUGGCGUCACCCGCGCAUGAAAGCAAUCUCGAUGAAGAAUUGCUGGAUCUCCGAACCCAAACCUUAUUCCCACCUUUCCAAGGUUCGGGAAAAGGA